AUGGGAGUCACAAUCUUGGACCAUGCGAAGGACCCUGUUGAGCAUGAAAGAAUCCGUCUGCCGACGGGUGUCCGGAUCCAUUACUACACCGCAGGAAGCGGACCAGCAUUGCUACUUCAGCAUGGGAUCCCCAAGACCAGCUACUACUGGCGAAAGGUCAUUCCUUAUCUGACUCCAUCCUUCACCGUCGUCGUACCGGACCUGCGCGGAGUGGGCGACAGCAGCCACCCGGAUGGUGGCUAUGACAUGGGCACGGUAGCAGAUGACCUCGCCGAGCUAAUGACCGCGUUGGGUCAUCGGACCUUCCACCUUGCUGGCGAGGACUGGGGAGCGGCCGCUGCGUAUCAAGUGGCAGCGCGCUAUCCCGACCGAGUGCUGAGUCUCGUCUUUCAAGAGAUGCUCCUUCCCGGCUUCGGACUCGAGGACUGGGCUCAAUUCCGCCCGGACCACCCCGAAACACAUCUAUGGCACGUCAGCUUCUAUUAUGUCCGUGACGUGCCGGAGAUGCUGCUCAUGGGGCGAGAGCGCGAGUACCUGACAUGGUUCAUCAAGAAUGAAGCAUAUGAUCCUGCCAGCAUCGACGACGAUGCUAUCGACGAGUACGUGACGAAGUACUCACAACCGGGCGGCAUUCGGAGCAUGUGCAACAUCUACCGUGCGACAGAAACGAAUGUUCGGCAGAACCGCGAGGCAGCGCAGACAAAAUUGGCCAUGCCGGUGCUAGCUGUCGGAGCUGGGAGCUUUAUCGGCGCAGAGGUGAAAAAACAGAUGGAGCGUGUCGCGGAGAAUGUGACCUACGAAGAGUUCCGUUAUGGCCAUCAGCUAGCGGAGGAAUGUCCUGGAGCACUCAGUCAACGAUAUCUGACAUUUCUCCAGUCUCUCCAGAUGAAGGCUUUUCCGGCGCGGAGACUGGUUUGCGGUACUGAUGACGGAGAUCCGUCGACGGCCGGCACAUCCACAGAUCAAUCCCAAUGA